AUGCACUCCUCAUCACCGCUCCAGACCCUACUCAAUCUUGUGGUUCUUGACACCAAGCUCAUUACUGCCACCAUGACUCUCCCCAAGCGAGCGUGGUCGUCACUAGGUCCUGCGACUUCCCUCGGACUCCUCCUCAUCGGCACCUCUCUCUUGCUUGCCGCUGGAGCCGACGAUGGAACGCUGCGGAUUGACUGCGGCAGCGUGGUCGAGAGCGGUGUGGCAGCGGCAGCGGGAUUCACGGCGGACCAAUACACCUCGGACGGCACGCCCUUCACCAUCGCGCCUGGCUCCACCAACGUCGCCAAUCUCACCGCGUCGCUCUCCCCUGCUGAGGUUACGGGCCGCGCCUUCUCCAACACCACCGGGGGUUGCUACAAAAUCCCGCGCGCCACUGGCACCUACUUAGUGCGGCUCGGCUUCGCGUACUUAAACUUCGACAAGCAGGGAAACCCGCCCGUGUUCAACGUGACGGCUCAGGGCGUGCCAGUCCUGACGAUUAAUAUGCUGACGGCGGAAGGGAUGCAGGAUAAUCAGACGGCGAAGGCGGCGACGGCGUACUAUCGCGACUUUAUGGCGUUCACAGAUACGGGAUUCCUGGACGUGUGCCUGGUGCCCUUCUCGUCGUCCGUGCAGCCUGCGUUCGUCCACCCCAUGGAUGCCAUCCUCACCUUCCCCCCAGACACCCAGUCGCGCACUCCGCUGCUCAACACUCUCGAGGUCUUCCCCACGCCCAGCACCGUGUACCAGGGCUUGCCCAAGGAAGCCGGCGUGAUUCUCGCGAACGCCAUGCGCGUCAACAUCGGCGGGCCGACGGUCGGGCCGGACAUGGUGGGGCGCGUGUGGAGCGCGGACGACCGCACGUUCCUGCCGCGGAGCUUCCGCGCGACGAACGCGACGGUGAACAACACGGACGACCCGGACAACUACUGGCCGCAGAGCAUGCUGCGCUCGUACCGCGAGUCCAUCAACGUGGACAAGCAGGCGGGCACAGAGAUACAGUACUCGGGACUGGUGGUGCCCAUGGACCCUAGCAACCUCUUUGUCGUCAUCCUCAACUUCAUGGAGCCCAACUCCACCGUGAAACGCGGGCAGCGCGUCAUGGAAGUGCAGCUGUCGUGGGGCGACGGUCAAACGCUCGCCAUCGGGCCCCCGCCCGACGAGCUAGACAUCGUCAACUUCACGCAGCCGCUGACGGCCAUGGCCGUGAACCACGUGGUGGCCAUGGAGAGCCCCAUCUCGUACUUCCAGAGCGUCGCUGUGACCCUCUUUGCCAGCAACAAGAGCCUGCCCGCCGUGAUCAGCGGCAUGGAGGUGUAUGAAGCCAUCCCCAUUGCCCCGCCUCCCCCGCCUGCUGCUGCUGGCGCUGCUGCUGUCCCCCGCGCACACCGCCCAGUUUCACCCGCCAUGACGCUAACAGCGGAGAAGGCGCAAGUGCUGUCCCCUCCUCCGCCGCCUCCUGCGACCAGCAGUGGUCUGUCUGCUGGAAGCAUUGCUGCCAUCGUGAUGGGUGUGCUGCUGGGUGUGGUGCUGAUUGCAGGGGGCGUCUAUUUUGUCGUCAAGCGCAAGCAGAACCCAACGCCUUUCACCAAGUUUGAUCAUGAUGCUGGUACAAAUGCCAACCUGGUCGUUUGA